AUGGAAAUAAAGUACUUAAAUUAUGCAAGAGAUUUACUUAAAUAUUUUGUAAAAAAUUUUGAAAUAAUUUAUGGAAAACAUCUUAUUUCCCAUAACGUUCAUGGCCUUCUACAUAUUGCUGACGACUACAUCAAUUUUGGUUCCCUGGAUAAUAUAAGUACCUACCCUUUUGAAAACUUCAUGAAAUCACUGAAAAAAAUGAUAAGAAAAUCAGAUAAACCACUUCAACAAAUCAUAAAAAGGCAUUAUGAACCAAAUGAACAUAAACAUUUUCAAUAUAAAAAUGAAACUACAGAAAUCACUUUAAAAAAAGAACACUCAAAUGGACCUUUAUUAGAUGGUUUGACAUCACGACAAUACAGAAAUGAACAUUUCAAAAAUAUGAAAAUUAAGACAAUGUCUACAGCUGAUCGCUUUAUAUUGACCAAAGACAAUAAUAUUAUGGAAGUUCUUAAUAUAGGGCAUACAAUGAACCCAAAUGAAGUGGUUGGAAAAUUAUACUUAAUUAAGAUACCAUUCUACGAACAACCAUUAAGAUCAACUAUUUUAGAUAUAUACAUAGUUAAAAGUUUAUCAAAUGAGCUAAUUCGGAUUCCUCUAAAACAUGUUAAACAAAAAGUAAUGCUGCUGGAAAAAGAUGGCCAAAACAUAGCAUUACCAAUUAUACAUUCAGAAUAUUAA